AUGCUUCAAACCUUGAGAAUCUCCAGUAUUAAUGGCACAAAGCUUGCUGUUGAGGAUUUCCGGCAGGAGUUGUCAUGCAACAUUAACAUCAAGCACAGGGAGGAGUUUGAUGAGGAGAAAGAGCCUGACAAAAUGGUUUCAUCUGGAUGGUCUGCUCUUGUGGAGGGACAGAUUAACAGUAAUGGGGAGAACAAAUCGACAGCUUCAUCCUGUGCGCAUUCCACUGAUGACACUAUUGAGGAUCCAUCGACUAAACCUGGGAUGAAGCGCAAGCUGGGUGAAAUGUUGGAAAUAAAGGAAAACUAUCAUGCAUCCAGCAGUGCUUAG